CUUUAACUUUGAACCUUAACUGUAAAUUGCAUCAGAUGCGAUUUAUGUUUACCAACAACUUUUCCGUUUCAAAUAAUUGUUAUGUAUAGUUUUGAAAAAUAUUGUUUUUAAUUAUGGCGUCUAUUGCACUUUUGAAAGGUUAUGGUAGUGAUAGCGAUCAAUCGAUUGAUGAAGCCUUAGAUAAUGAGAACAACAUUGAUUUUUCAAAAAGUAUAGUUGCAUUAAAAGACAAGUUUCAAAUUAAUGCUGCACCCCUUGUAGAAGUUAAGGAAUCAUUUAAUGCUGUAAAAUGCAUUGAUCCAACAAAUCGUGUAUUGACCUAUAACCCGAAAUUUGAAGAACUAUAUGCUCCUGUUGCUGGACCAGAGAAUCCAUUUAAAACACAGCAGCAAAAGGCUGACAAGAAUACCCUUUCUGGUUUUGUAGAAGAAGCCCAUAUCAAUGAUUUUCACUUUGAGUCACAGCGUCGCACGUUUACUAGCUUUGGUUAUGCAAUCGAUCCAAGUUUAAAUAACGCAGAAGUUACGAAGGAUAAACUUGUUGCAAAUGAAAGUAACAAAACUUUAGCUGAUACAAGUGUUGAUGACAAAGUUACAGUCUUUGAUAAAACGAAAGCAAGAGAAGGUGACAAACGAAAACGGGUAAAAAAUGCUGAUGCCGCAGAUAUUGAUGGAUUCCUUGGUCCAUGGGGUGGUUAUGUUAAUGAGAAAAGAGUUCUUAAACCUUCUGAAGAAGAGCAGGAAGAAUUGGAUGAGAUCUUGGCAAAGCGCCAGAAACGUGGGAAAGUUACAGAAGACAAAACAAUGGAGGAAAAAUCCAUUUUGCAUAUUAAAGAUGCCUAUGAUUAUCAAGGACGAUCAUUUUUGCAUGUACCACAAGAUGUUGGAGUUAAUCUCAAAUCAGAUGAUCCACCCGAAAAAUGUUUCAUACCAAAAAAGCUUCUACAUACAUGGACUGCUCAUUCAAAAGGAAUUUCGACUAUCAAAUUUUUUCCCAAGACAGCUCACUUAUUAUUAUCAUGUAGUAUGGAUUGUAGAGUUAAAUUAUUUGAAGUAUAUAAUGAAAGACGAUGUAUUCGAUCCUACCUUGGUCAUAAGCAAGCAGUUCGUGACAUAUGCUUCAACAAUAAUGGAACUCAGUUUUUAUCUGCCGGUUAUGACAGAUAUGUCAAAUUGUGGGACACAGAAACAGGAAAAUGUCUUGGACAGUUUUCUAAUAGGAAAAUUCCAUAUUGUGUCAAAUUCAAUCCAGAUGAUGAUAAACAACAUCUCUUUGUUGCGGGUACAUCUGAUAAAAAAAUUGUUUGUUGGGACAUAAAUUCUAACGAAGUAGUCCAGGAAUACGAUCGACAUUUAGGUGCUGUUAACACCAUUACUUUUGUUGAUGAGAACAGAAGGUUUGUCUCAACAUCUGACGACAAAAGUUUGAGAGUUUGGGAAUGGGAUAUUCCAGUGGAUAUGAAAUAUAUUGCUGAUCCAACAAUGCACUCUAUGCCAGCUGUCACAUUAUCUCCUAAUGGAAAAUGGCUUGCUUGUCAGUCCAUGGAUAACAAAAUAAUGGUUUUUUCUGCUCUGAACAGAUUCAAAUUAAACAGAAAGAAAACAUUUACUGGCCAUAUGGUGGCUGGAUAUGCAUGUGGUUUGGAUUUUGCACCUGAUAUGAGUUAUAUUGUGUCGGGUGAUGCUGAUGGCAAGGUCUAUAUUUGGGACUGGAAAACUACAAAACUCUUCAGCAAGUUCAAAGCGCAUGAUAAUGUUUGCAGCACCGUCAUCUGGCAUCCACAUGAAACAUCAAAAGUCAUAUCAGCUGGGUGGGAUGGAACAAUGAAAUUAUGGGAUUAAAAUUUUUAUACAGCAUUGUACAAAUCAAAUGUAAAUAAAUUUUUAUUGAAGUUUUA